AUGGCAGAGACAGUGGCCGAGGACAAGGUCCCUGAUGCAGCUGUGGAACAUUGCGGCUUUGUACAGUCUCCCAGCUGUCCCAAUUACGUUGCAGCUGAAGUGAUACUGAGACUGCACACUGAAGACAGAGGCAGCCCCAAGGCACGGCUCACAGAAGUGUCCUACUACUUCAUGCAGACCAUGUGGUCCAGCUGGACGUGUGAGCCUUAUGAGUGCUACUGUGCAUUUCAUGAGAGUUCCUGUCUCCAUACCAAGAAUUUUUCCCAAGAUCCUACAGAAGAACACAACCCUGAAGCCCUGCAGGAUACCCUCACAUGCUGGAAGGUCAGCCUGACAGGACCGAUGGCAACAAUAACCCGAUGA